GCAAGAUGGCGAUUCCGGGCAGGCAGUCAAGUUCUGAUUACCGCCCUCCCUUCUCGGUUUAGGAAUGUUGUGCUGAGAAGCCACAGAAAAGGGUAUGGGCUUACUUUGCCAAAGAAAGCACAGCAGUUGCACCCUGUUUUGCAAAAACCUUCAGUGUUUGGGAAUGAUUCUGAUGAUGAUGAUGAGACCUCUGUGAGUGAAAGCCUUCAGAGAGAAGCUGCUAAGAAGCAAGCAAUGAAACAGACCAAACUGGAAAUCCAGAAGGCCCUUGCAGAAGAUUCUACUGUAUAUGAAUAUGACAGUAUUUAUGAUGAAAUGAAGAAAAAAAAGGAAGAAAGUAAUCCAAAAUUGCUUUUGGGAAAAGACCGAAAGCCCAAGUACAUUCACAACUUACUAAAAGCAGUUGAGAUCAGAAAAAAGGAACAGGAAAAAAGAAUGGAAAAGAAAAUACAAAGAGAGCGAGAAAUGGAAAAGGGAGAAUUUGAUGAUAAAGAGGCAUUUGUAACAUCUGCUUAUAAGAAAAAACUGCAAGAGAGAGCUGAAGAGGAAGAAAGAGAAAAGAGGGCUGCUGCACUUGAAGCACGUUUGGAUGUAACCAAGCAGAGCGAUCUCAGUGGAUUCUAUAGGCACCUAUUAAAUCAAGCAGUUGGUGAAGAGGAAGUACCUACAUGCAGCUUUCGUGAAGCCAGGUCUGGGAUAAAAGAAGAAAAAUCAAAGGGAUAUUCCGAUGAAGUAAGUUCAGAAAACACAACACCUCAUGAGAACUGCGUUCGCCAAACUGUUGUGAAAGUAGAGGAAAACCCAGAUGCAGACAGUGACUUUGAUGCUAAGAGCAGUGAGGAUGAUGAAAUGGAAGAAGAUAAUAAAGUGAACUGCAGAAGGGAGAAGGGCACAGAGACCUUAAAAAAUGACUCCAGGCAUCACAGGAGUCAUACCCACUCACGGUCAUCUAGUGAAGAAAGAGAGCAUGGUACCAAAUACCACACAAAAAGUUCCAAGUCAAGAGGACAUGAGAAAAGGGAAGAUCAGCACCUAGAGAGACAAUCCAGGGAGGACAGCUAUUACACUGACCGUGAUUACCAAAAAGAAAAGAAGGAUUCCCAUAGGUACAGAGAGGCCAGUUACAGAGAUUCACACUGGAAGAGGCAUGAACAAGAAGAUAGACUGAGAGGAAGAGACCAGAGAGAAAGAAAUGAUAGGGAAUGGAAAAGGGAGAAAGACAGGGAGAAAUACCCCUCAAGAGAACAAGAAAGAGACAGACAACGAAAUGAUUAUGACCGACACAUUGAGAAAGGAGGAGAGAAGGAAGAGCAUGUGAAAGCAAGGAAAGAAAGAUAUGAAAACAGUGAUAAAUACAGAGAUAGAGAAAAACGAGAAGUAAGUGUUCAAUCUUCAGAAAGAAAUCAAGAAAGAAAGGAAAGCAGCCCAAAUUCUAGGACAAAGGAUAGAUUUCUUAACCAGGAAAGAGCCAAUAAAAUGAGAAAUAUGGAAAAGGACAAAGAAAGAAACCCAGAGAAACCUUCUAGUUCUGAAACAUCACUGGGGGCAAAACACAGAAUCACAGAGAAAUGCCAAGGGACUGGCAAGGAACAAGAGAGGCCACACGAGACAGUGAACAAGUUUGCAAAGCGGAGCAACGAAGAAACUGUAAUGUCAGCGAGAGACAGAUACUUGGCCCGGCAAAUGGCACGGGUUAAUGCAAAGACCUAUAUUGAGAAAGAAGAUGAUUGAUAACUGCCCCAAUAGGAAGACCUAUGGAAGCACAGAAAAUUAUAAUUCCUGGAAAAUGUUGAGUGAACACAUAAAGGAGUGUGUUAACAGUGGUUGGGAGGGUAUUUUAAAAUAUAUUUUCAAAAUUCAUUUUUGGUUUAGGUUUAAGUCAGAAGUCAAUCCUUUUAUCUUGAAUGUUUAACUAAAUUAAUAUAUAAUAUUUACUUAUCAAUACCACAUUCUUGGUUGUAUUCAAGCAACCUAAAGAGAGUGCUGAAUCCCUGUAGGUACUUAAUGAGGAAAAUUGGCUCCACUACAACCAUUAAAAGAUAAUUUAAAUAACUCUUCUAUGUUGCUGUUGUUGCAGGAGCUGUUUGUUUUAUAAAUGUCAUGUUUCAGAUAAAAAUAUGUGGAUUUGAACAGAGAAUAUUGUUUUAUGUUCUAAAAUUUGUAUUAAAGUGUAAAAUACAGACCACACAUCUUGUCUAAGCUUUUUAACCCACAACAU